CCCAUCCGUUUUUUUAACAAAUCAGUGUAUCUUCUUCAAAAGGAGUUUCAUUGUGAAUUGAAAGAACUACUGAAAGGUGACAAAGAUGAAUUCCAAAUUAAAAUGACCAACCUCAGCAUAAAAUAUAACGAACAAAUAAAGCAGUUAGUGGGGAUGUUUAAACACAAAUAUGGUGGCCAAGAUAAACGCGAGCCACCAGACAUUCUAUGCGACCCCAUUUCGUUCAAUCUUUUACACGAUCCCCGUCAUUACUCUUUCGGGCCACUUUUCUGA